AUGAAUACAAACAUGCAUAUGAAUCUGUCCCCCUGCGGAAAAGACUCGAGGGCAACUUCACCUCCUCCCUACGUCGAAUUUCACGAUCCUUUCUCCGCCGCAUCUCUGGCAUAUCAACCCCAAAAAUCUCUUUGUCUUAACAUGGACACUGAAACCAGUCCUGGUAGACCUGAACCUCCGGCCUUAGCUGUUCCCAUGACACCUUCGUCUCCAAGCUGGCCUGUCCACCCUGAUCCUUGCCAAUUUCAGGAUCAACCCUUUAUGCGCACAGGCACGGAAGAGGUUCCCGAACCUGCUUCAGACCUUUGCCCGGACCUCCUUGACUCCUGGUACCCGAGGUACCUGGCAUGCACGCAGUUCUUUGUUUCCUAUGCGCAGCAUACCCCGACAGUGCAGUCGUUGGCCGCAUUUCUCAACAUUCGACUGCCUUGCCAGCAAUCUGGGGCCCAGGCAACCCAUCCGUCAUUACGCGCCUACAUUCGGCGCCUCAUCGUAACAGCACAGGAUAGUCCUGAGGUGCUUGGCGCGUUCUUCGGAGAAGAUUGGGUCGGGGGAGUGGGGAGCCUUGUCAAGCAAGAGCGGGUGAAUUACUUGUUUACGGCAAAGAGCGGCGGGUGGGCGUCAAUAAAGGCGGCGUAUGAUAUUCUGCCGGACGAGCAAACGCCAUUUUUACGGCCAUUGCGAGCAGCUGCAGAGGAAGAGUUACGCGAGGCGGAAGCCCGCUGGAGUGAGUGGUUGGCGAUGGAAGAUUGGAUGGUUGGACCGCGCAGUCCGUGGUGA